AUGAUGACUACUGGAGUGCGCAGCUUGCGUUAUUUGCGAGGAAACGGUCUGGUCGCUGCAACGCCAUUCCAGGAAGAAGUUUCUUCAAUAUCUUCUUGGAAAAGCGGCAGUGGCGCAGUUUUUUCAGCAGCUCGACGUAGACUUGUCACACGCUCCCGCGUAUCAGCAGUAGGAGCGGAAAUCGAGUACCACCUCUCGACUGGUGCGGACGGGGCAAAAUCCUUUCGGCGCGGCGAGGCAGGGUGGCCACCGGUUCGAGGCAAGAAACGCCACGAAAGCACCACUGCUGCGUCAUCUUCUGCGGCGUUGGCUGCGGGGGCGAGCGUGCUCCUUUCGGAACGUCGGGCCGCCUCGACGAGAGACGGUUUUGCGAAGGAUCAACCAGAGGUGGAGAGUGAUGCUUCCGUUGCUUUGCGUUUCGGCAAAUACCUGCGACAGGAGCAUAUAGACCGGAUCGCCAAUAUGAGAUCCGCAGCCGCUGGAAAGCCAGUCAGUAGUUGUCCUGCAGAUGAACAAGAUGCGUUUGAUCGGACGCUGUUGCCAUACUCGACGAAGCACUGUUAUUCCAAGUGCGUGACGCUGCUUGCCCAGGAAGUCCGAUUCGCAGCCGGGCUGGACUUGCCGCUAGACCGCAUUUCGUGGGUUUGGCCAAAAGCCGUGGUGCGUAAUCACUUCGUCACGGCGGACGGACAGUGCGCAGUACUAGCGGCAGCGCGAAACGCAAGCGCAAAUGCGGAAAACGGAUGCACUCUCGCUCAGGAGGAUGAUCUGAUUUUGGACAAAAUAAACCAAGUUCCUUCGGUUCGCGAGCACUUGCGAAAACUAAUAGACGCUACCGUUGCUGAGAUUGUGGCUUUUCGGCAGGAGAAGGAGGCGGACAAAGCUGCAAAGGCGACUGCAGCGAAGCGCUACAAGGGCCAGAUGCGGCGUCUCGAGCAGCUGCACAUCGACCAGAUCCGAAUCCUAAUUCUCGAGGAGUGCGUGCGGCGCGGCUACCUGGGUCUCGACGUCACGGGCAUAUCGCCGCUUUGGCCCCGGGAGCAAUUGUUGGAGCUCCUGCGCAAAAGUGUACGUCCUUGUAGAACUACUGUGACACAGGGCGAGUCUGGUGCGAGAGACGGGAACGACGUGUUGAGAGAAGUAGGAAUUCCCAGUCUGGCCGUUAGUGACAACAACCCGUACUUGGCGUCGACACGAAAAGGCGGGAGUUCUGGUGGUUGGGUAGAUCAGCACAGCAUGCUCCGCGAAGAGAUUGACAGCGAGAGCCUGAGGCGACUCGUCGCGGAGGAAGUUGAGAAACAGGAUGCUGCACUCAAACGCCUAGAAAUACUGAACCCCCCUCGUGCGGAGGCCCGGGCAGUCAGAAAACGGGAAGAAAGCGAGCGUCUGCGGCAAGCGCGCUUGCGUGUGGAAGAAGAGCAGUUCGCUCUCAGGGCGCAAAUGUUCUACGAGUGCUAAAAUCAUCAAUUUCUUUUCGGAGAUGUCAACACAGCCCUGCUGAUAGUGUGCCUGCGUAUGACGACACAAAUCAAAUUGCAGAUGGUUCCGUUCCUUGGAGGCGCGUUCACUUGCUUGCUAUUGAUGUCUUGACUGUCGUCCGCAGGUGAAGGUUUCCUUUUUCCAGACAGACGCUUUUCCUGCGCCGUAUGAUCAUAAAUGAGCACGCCAUGAAGCAGUGGAGAUCGUGGAUGCAACCGGGUAAAAAUCUGGAUGCGGAUCAAGAUCGG